AUCCGGACGUUGGUGGCAGCGGCACGAUUUUCCAGAUGUGUUCUUUCCAGAAGUUUAUUUCGUAAAUAUGGAAAGAGAUAUGCACGCGUGAGAGAAUGAGUUACCAUGGUGAUAUUCCUGCAUGGAAACAAGGCAGAGGACGUGGGAUAAGAGGCAGUGUGGGUGGACGUGGGAGAGGAAAUAGACUGAAUGAUGGGAAGCCUCAGUAUGAGGUAAUAGGACGUGGAGGAGGAGACAGUAAAAGAGCAAAUGGAGGUAACCAAUGGCAACAAACACCAAGAUGGGGCAGUUCCAGCAAUCAGCAUGAUGUGGGUAGUAGUCAGCAACGAUUCGAGAAAGUCAAAGAAAGUAUGAAGGAAGCUGCAGAGAAAUUCGCAUCACAAGAAGAUGAUGAUGAUUAUUCUGAUUCUGACGAAGAAACUACUAUUGGCAAUGAAGUGCUGAAUAAGACUUUACAAACUUACAGCCAACAAAUAGGGAGUGACGAUGUCAGCAGUGUUGAUAGAGCCAAGCAAUUUUUAUCUGAUUGUUACACAUCUAGUACCACUGUGUGUCUUAUAUGUAUCGCUGUUAUCAAGAAUGAUAAUCCUGUGUGGAGUUGUAGUGGCUGUUACUGUAUGUUUCACUUAAAUUGCAUACAAAAUUGGUCAAAGCAUGGUGCUAUGAGAAAGUCCCUGCUAUCAGAAGAGAACUUCCCUGCUAUAGAACAGUCUUGGCAUUGUCCCAAGUGUCGUUUUGAAUACAAGUUGUCACAAUGUCCAACUCAGUAUCGUUGCUUCUGUAAAAGACAGGCUGAUCCAACAUUUGACCCGUGGUUAGUGCCGCAUUCCUGUGGACAGAAAUGUGAUCAAGUUUUACAACCUGAAUGUGGACAUGCAUGUCUACUGUUAUGUCAUCCAGGUCCAUGUCCGCCUUGCCCUAUAACAGUACGUACAUCUUGUCAUUGCGGUAGACAACCAGCCGUUGUCAGGAGAUGUAGCGCUAAAGAAUGGAGCUGUGGUCAGUCCUGUAAUAAACCUUUACUCUGUGGUCAGCAUUAUUGCCAACAACCUUGCCAUAAAGGAGAGUGUGCACCCUGCGGUAAGCAGAGCAUUCAGUCAUGUCUGUGUGGUAAAGAGCAAAUUCAAAGACCCUGUAGUAGCCCUCAAUGGCAAUGUGCACAGAUAUGUAAUAAACCGUUUGCUUGUGGAUUCCAUGUAUGUGAUAAACACUGUCAUAGUGGAGAGUGUGGUACAUGCCCCAGAUCUGGUAACAGAACAUGUCCAUGUGGUAAAACAAGUUAUGAAAUGCCAUGUACAGAAGAUGUGCCCACAUGUGGGGAUACAUGUGAAAAAUUACUGACAUGUGGAUUGCAUUACUGUACACAGAGAUGCCAUACUGGACCCUGUGAGACAUGCAGGCAGAUGGUUACUAAGAAGUGUCGCUGUGGAGCUCGUAAGAAAUCAGUACAGUGUUAUAAGGAUUACCUAUGUGAUACAAAAUGUCCGAAAAUCAGGGAUUGUGAGAACCAUCAGUGUAAAAGAAAGUGUUGUGAUGGCAACUGCCCAAGCUGUGAGCAACCAUGUAACAGAUUACUAUCCUGUAAGAACCAUAAAUGUCCAUCCAAGUGUCAUGUAGGGUUAUGUUAUCCUUGCCCUCUGAUGGUGGAUAUCAAUUGUCGGUGUGGAAGUACCACAUAUGCUGUACCAUGUGGAAGAGAGAAGUACACCAAACCACCAAGAUGUAAACAGCCCUGCAAGGUACCUCCAGAUUGUCACCAUGCUCAGCGACUCCCUCAUCCCUGUCAUUUUGGCCGAUGUCCUCCUUGUUUCCAGGUCUGUGGAAAUGCUUUACCAAACUGUCAGCAUCUGUGUGAGGAUAGUUGUCACUCUGCUGUACUUGUCAAAGAAGUGGAACAGCAAGUACGUAGUGGUCCUUGGGAACCUAAAGCUCAAGCAAAAUUAUCAGUCAAGAAUUUCCCUUGUAGGCCUUGUAGACACCUGGUACAGGUAGUGUGUAUGGGAAAACAUCAGGAAUUCACUAUCCCAUGCUGUGAAGUUCGGCCGCUGUCAUGUGGACGCGUUUGUGGUCGGCAACUGUCCUGUACUAACCAUGUAUGUCAGCUAGAGUGCCAUGUGGUGACUGGAGCACCUGAUGCACAGCAGCAUGGUGUGGAGUGUGAGUCCUGUGAACUUGGUUGCCAGAUAGACAGACCAGCAGGCUGUACCCAUAAAUGUUUGGAUCCCUGCCAUCCUGGACCAUGUAAACAGUGUACUCAGAUGUUUAAAAAAAGAUGUCACUGCAGAGUUAUGUUGUUAUACAUUGAUUGCUGGAAAUGGACUCAGGGUGAUGAAGAGAGCCAUCAGACGUUACUAUGUUGUCAGGGCCAGUGUCACCAGGUACUAGCAUGCGGCCAUACCUGUUCUAAGGUAUGCCAUUCUGGUGAUUGUUCCAGCACUGAUAUGUGUACCAAGAAGACUAUGGUCAGGUGUCCAUGUCAACGAAAGAAAAAGGAUUUCCCAUGUAAAAUGGUACAGAGUGGUGAGGCAGAACUAGAAUGUGAUGACAUUUGCCAAGAAGAACUGGAGAAGAAAAAGAAAGCAGCGAAAGAAGCUGAGGAAGCCAGGAAAGAAGAAGAACUGAAGAAACAACAGGCGGAGCUUGCUGAAUAUGAACGUCAUAUGAAAGGAAGAAAGAAACAGAGAAAGAGAAAGCGAGAGAAGGAGGAAGUAGUUACAUGGUGGAUGAAGUAUGGCAGAUAUGUCACGUUUGCAAUAUUGAUUGCUAUUUUAUCAGUAUUUACUGCAUACCUUAUAAGAGUGGAUUAAUUAAUAGCACUACUGUCAAAUGACAGGAUUACAAAGUUUGUUGAAAUCUUGCAUCUUGAUCGAGCAAUAUAAAAAUUAGAAAGGGUGAGGGGGUUGUUUACUUUAUAGUGGUGUUCUUUAUUGUUCUUGAGAUGUGCCUGUUGUGAUGUUGAUGAAACAGAUAAAAACAGAAACAGGUCCAAAAAGUGAGAUGAAUGAUUUAAUCAGUUAUUGUUUAACUCUUAUGCUUGUAAUGACAAGGUGUACAGUUGGGAAUAUCAUUUUACAUUGCCUGCUGAAAACCUCCACAUAUAGCUGAUAUGAAUAGAAAAAAAACAGCGUCAAAAGUUGAUGUGUUAUGAAGAUUUUAUCAUGUGGUUUUAAACACAUCUCAAUCUGGAUUUUUUUUGCCCUCUUUAAGAGAUGCCUAGAUCGUUUUUUUAUCAUAACAUUUAUAAUUAAUUCCCAACACUAAUUUAAGCUUUCUGGUGAUGACACAGAGAGCAGAGAUUGUAAAGAUUCCAUCAGUUAUCGGUAGCAGUCAGGCAACCAGAGGAUGACACUGAAUCUGAAAACUAUUCAUCAGUUAUUGCUUUAUUUUUUCAUUAUCAUUAACUAUUUUAUAAUCUGAAAUAUUGCUUACUCUUUGUUGGUGAUUA